CCUUCUUUACGAAUCAGAGUGUUACCUGCGGCAGUGGUACAUAGUACUGGUUUGGGUGAAUAGGAGUGGAAGCGCCAAAGAGAAAGUAGUGCCAGGUGCUCUCGGGCAGGGACUUGCGAGUUAUGUCUGGUUUUGCCGUUAUGGGUUCUUUUUGGCGUUUUCCCGGAGUUUUUGCUUUGCAUAACUUCUUUCUUGAUCUUCUAUAUAUCCUUGAGCAAGAGCGGAAGCUCGUAUUGAUACAAGAUGGCGGGUUCCAUCUAUUCCUUGAAAGGUGGGUUUACCAUACGUUUUAUGAUAUCAGCUAUUUUCUUCCAUAUCUUCUCAACUUGAUUACUUGGUUCAUCGUACGUGCCGCUGGUCUAUCUAUACUGUGGUGACACAUCUGCCACUUUCGCUUUGAAAGCAACCUUUACAAUUUGGUCGUCCAUCG